UUGUAAGCCUAGGAUUGGGGGCCGGCAGUGUGACCGCUGUGCUGCAGGUUAUUAUCGCUUCCCUGACUGUAUACCUUGUGACUGUAACCAAGGUGGUGUCACACCUGGCGUGUGCCACCCAGACACAGGGAGGUGUCUCUGCAAGAGAAAUGUUGCUGGCAUCAAGUGUGAUACCUGUCGGGAAGGUUCCUUCUAUUUUGACCCAUCCAGCCCUCACGGCUGUACCAGCUGCUUCUGCUUCGGAGCGACUGACCAGUGUCAGAGCUCCAGCAAACGCAGGGGGAAGUUUGUUGAGAUGCGGGUCUGGCGUUUGGAAAGCCCCGACCAGGAGCAUGUUCCCUCUGUGCUGAACACUGCCAGUAACACGGUGGUGGCAGACAUCCAGGAGCUUCCUCCUACAGUUCAAACUCUACACUGGGUGGCACCAUGGUCGUACCUGGGAGACAGGGUUUCAUCUUAUGGUGGUUUCCUCACCUACCAGUCCAAAUCCUUUGGUAUUCCCAGUGAGGGGAUGACUCUCAUGGACAGAACACCUGAUGUUGUGCUGAAUGGUCGGAAUAUGACCCUGAUCCACAUGGCUUCACAAGUCCCAUUUCCAGACAGGCUGUAUCAGGGCAGAGUCCAGCUCUUGGAGGGAAACUGGCGCCAUGCUGUCACAAACAGGCCUGUCUCCAGAGAGGAACUAAUGAUGGUCCUAGCCAGUUUGGUUGGCUUGAGGAUCCGAGCCUUGUAUUUUACUCAGACCCAGCGACUCAGCUUAGGGGAGGUGGGCCUGGAGGGGACGACUAGCACAGGGACUGGUGGUCCUGGAAACACUGUGGAAGAUUGUUCCUGCCCCCCUCAGUACACCGGAGAAUCCUGUGAGAAAUGUGCUCCUGGUUACUACAGAGAUGGCAGUGGGCCUUACCUGGGCCGCUGUGUGCCCUGUGAGUGCAACGGUCUGUCUGAUGAGUGUGAAGAAAGGACAGGGAGGUGCCUGAACUGUCAGUACAACACAGCUGGGGACAGAUGUGAACGCUGCAAAGAAGGUUACUAUGGGAACGCGGCUCAGAGGACAUGCAAAGUUUGCCCGUGCCCAUUCAGCGUGCUCACAAACAGUUUUGCAAUAGGUUGCCGAGAGGUGUUUGGAGACUUCCAGUGUAUAUGCAGAGCAGGCUACACUGGAGACAGGUGUGAGAGGUGUGCUCCUGGUUACUAUGGUCAUCCACUAAUAUCAGGAGGAAGUUGUCGGCCCUGUAAUUGCAAUGGCAAUGGUAACAACUGUGAUCCCACGACUGGAGUUUGCAAGAACACACUGGAGCCGGGCGACACAAACACAGAUGAGCACUGCCAAGAGUGCGACAGUUGUGCCCAGACUUUGCUAAACGAUCUGGAGAAGCUGGAUAAUGAGCUGGCAAGGAUCAAAGCUCAGCUAGACAACGCCAGUGCCAGUGCAUCCUCCCGGGACAGGCUGAAGAAGCUGGAGAAGGCCGUGUCAGACACCAAGAUUCUUGUCAACAAAUUCAACUCCGCCAUCAACACCCAAAGGUCCAGAGUCACCCAGCUGGAAGAGGACACAAUCACUCUCUCAGAUGACAUCAGCUCCCUCAAAGACAAGGCAGAUAAGAGGGCUGCUGAUGCUUACAAAGCAGUGGCAGAUGUUGGGAAAACCCACAAGAGGGCUAAAGAUCUGCACUCAGAGAUUCAAAACCUUCUCAAGAAAAUCCAAGCUCUGCUGGAACAACUGAAGGAGUCAGGCACCAGAGGUGAUACGGUGCCCAAUAAAAACCUGGCUAAAAUGCUAGAAGAUGCUCAGCGCAUGGUGAAGGAGAUGGAGAAUAGGAACUUCACCCCUCAGAAGACAGCUGCUGAGAAAGAAAGAGACAAUGCAGAGAAACUGCUAGACUACAUCAAGGCUAAUGUAAGUAUGCAGUGUGACCAGAAUGAGGCUGCAGCAGAGAAGAUUCGGGGCCUUCUGAAGGAUUACGAGGCCAAGCUGAAGGAACUGGACGAGGCUUUGAAGGAGGCGGUGGACUUUGUGAAAAAAGCCAACGCCCAGAACGGACUGAAUGCACAGGCACUGGCAGAUCUGCAGAAACGUAUUGAAGACUUAAAAAAUGAGCGGGAAACUGUUGAGGACCAAAUGGCCAUGGCAGAAGAUGAGCUGCAGAAAACAGAGGAUUUAGUGAAAAUGCUAUCCGACAGUAAAACGGAUUAUGAACAGCUGGCAGCACAACUGGAUGGUGCCAAGACUGACUUGACCACGAAGGUGAAUGAGAUUACCAAGGCAGCAGCCAAGAAGGACAUUGUGGAGGCUGCAGAGGAACAUGCUAAGAACCUUGACAAGCUGGCAAGGGAACUUGAGGAUGCUGUAAAGAAUGCAAGUGGACUGUCUGAGGUGCGUGGUGCCAAAGACGCUAUUGAUGCCUACAAGAACAUCACAGAUGCAAUUAAUGCUGCCGAGGCUGCAGCUAAUGAGGCCAAAGAUGCAGCGGACAACGCCUUGAACAAUGUAAAAAAACAGAAGCUGACACAAAGAGCAAAAGACCUGAAAGAGACUGGAGAUGACCUAAUGCAGAAUGCAAUGCAGGCACAGAAAGACCUCCAAGGCGCCACAGACAGCAUUACUGAUGUGAAGAAGCGCUUGGAGAACGCUGAAAAGAAGAAGAAAGCUCUUCAGAAAGACUUGCUUGAUGCUAAGAACAAAUUAAAUGGCAUCAAGAGAGAUGAUAUAAGUAAUAUGAUUGAUGAGGCCAAGAGGAAGGCAGCUGCAGCCAAUGGCUCAGCAAGCGACACUAUGGACAAACUGAAUGCCAUGAGAAAGGAAAUUGACCAGAUCAGUGUCACUCCUGGGAACUCCAACCUGAGCGGCGUGUUGGAUGAUUUGGACCAGUCAGUGAAGAACUUGUUGAAAACCAUCCCAUCUCUGAAUGAUAAGAUCUCAGAGGUAGAGAACCUGACCUCGGAGUUGUCCCCCAUUAGCAACAUAUCUGAGAACAUUAAGAAGAUCAAAGAGCUCAUUGAACAAGCCCGGGACGCAGCUAACAGGAUUGUGAUCCCGAUGAAGUUCACAGGUAAUGGCCAUGUGGCGCUGCGUCCACCAAAGAAUCUGGAGGAUCUGAAGGCCUACACAUCCCUGUCUCUUUCGCUGCAGAGACCUGCAGGUAGGGGAGAUGGAAGACGCAGACGCAGACAGACCAUAGAUGAUGGAGACAUGUUUGUGUUGUACCUUGGCAGCAGAGAUUCUUCUAAGAACUACAUAGGUAUGUUUCUGAGGGAGAAUGUGCUGUACGGCGUGUACAAGCUCAAUGGAGUCGAAUACCAGAUGAAAACGGGUUACAUCACCACGUCUGCGUCUGAGCCGGCCAAGUUCGAUAGAGUGGACCUGCGCAGAAUUUACCAAGAUGCAACGAUGAUUCUCACCAAAGAUAUCACCUCAACCACACCCGAGGACCCAAUUGAGAGCAGCAAGCAAGGAGAGGAGAGCAAGAACCUAUUGGAACUCAAUCCCAGUGAUGUAGUCUUCUAUGUUGGAGGUUACCCUGCCAACUUCACUCCACCAGCUUCUCUCAAAUACCCCAUGUACAAGGGCUGCAUUGAGUUCUCCUCUUUUAACGACAAAGUCGUCAGUCUAUAUAAUUUCCAAAAGGCAGAGAAGAUCAAUUUGGAGACACCAUGCAAGAGAUAUGUACCUCCAAUGGAUUCUGACUACUAUGAAGGCACUGGAUAUGGCAAAGUGGUUAUAGAUAAACCAUCUUCAAACCUCAUCGUCACUAUUACCGUCUUUACUCGUUCAGAAAACGGUUUGCUCUUUUACAUCGGAAGCGAGAACGAUUACUUUACUGUGACGAUGGAGAAGGGUGUAAUUUUUCUACGUAGUAAUUUGCUCGAAGCACCAGCUACAAAUAACGGCAAAAUAUUCCCGAAGGACGACUGGGCGGAAAUCCUUAUCAUUAGUACGAGCAAGGGAGAUAUAAAAGUCCGGAUGUCCCAAGUAGACGUGGCCUCAGCAAAAGCUACAUACAGCAACAGUGACUUUAAAGAAUUCUAUAUUGGUGGUGCCCCACAAGACUUGAGGGAAAGAGAUAACAUCACUAUACAACCAUUCAAAGGAUGUUUGAAGAAUGUGAAGCUGAAUCAAGCCUUUAAACCUGUUACUGAGCAAGUGGGCAUCAGCAAAGGUUGUCCAAAGGAAUCCUUGGUUACUCGUAAAGCAGAGUUCAGCUUGGGGAGCUCCCUGUCCGCUGACCUCAAAGGCUUUAGUCUGGCUGCUGACGUUACUGUCUCCGUCGGAUUCAAGAGCACAGAGAAUGAGGGUCUCAUUCUGCAGGACAAACAGCUGGCUAAUGGGAUUGAUGUUCAAUUAGAAAAUGGCUAUGUGAUUCUCAAUUUCAACAACAAGAUCUGGAAAUCAAACAAACAAUAUCAUGAUGGCCAGUGGCAUUAUUUGACUGUAACCAAAAGAGCUGGAAGUGUUAAGCUGCUUAUUGAUGACGAAGACGUGGGUCAGGAGCAGAGUGGCAGCUCUUCCACACCUGACACGGGUGGCUCCCUUUACCUGGGAAGAGAGAAGUUCAAAGGCUGUGUUUCCAACCUCUACACAAGACGGCCAGACAAUCUGUAUAAAGCUGAGGACUUCAGCAACUUCCAGGCUUCUGGAGAUGUCUUGCUGGAUAUGUGUACUGCUAACAGUCCUCCUGAACUGAUGUUGGACCGCUUCUCUAGGAAGAAUGGUGUGAUGCAGGCUAUAAAUGAGAGUCUAUCAGCAUGUACAUUACCAGCCCUGGUUCAACAUGCUUAUCGCGUGGGCAGCCCUACUAGCAGUCUGAGCUACAGCCUUCCACUACAGGUCUUACAGCCCAGGCCCCACUUUUCUCUAGAUGUCAGGACUCGAGCUCCUGAGGGCCUGUUGUUCUUUGCUGCUACAAGAGGAGGGCGCUCUCAUCUAGCUUUAUACAUAUCCAAAGGCAGGAUCAGACUGUCUGUAGGCAAACAGAAGGAGAUCUUCAACAGGGAAAAGUACAAUGAUGGAAAAUGGCACUCGGUCAUAUUCAGUUUGGAGAAGAAGAAAUUUCGACUGGUCGUUGAUGGUAUCAGAGCCCAGGAUGGUCAGCUGACAAAUGCUGAGUUGACAUCUAUGCAGCAGUUUGUGUCACCUGUGUACCUGGGCAGUGCCCCAGAGUCACUCCACAAAGAGCUGAAGACAAAGGCCCUUCCAAAACAAAGUGUGUCUGGGUGUAUCCGCAAUUUUAAAAUGAACGGAGCGUCAAUGUCAAAUCCAACAAUGAACCAUGGCGCUGGCCCCUGCUUCGAGGGACAGACACAAAGAGGGGCUUAUUUCUCAGGGAAUGGAGCACAUGUCCUUAUCAACAACUCCUUUGUUGUGGGCUCCAGCUUUGAGCUGCUGUUUAAUAUUCGUCCACGGAGUCUGACCGGACUCCUGCUACAUGUCAGUGAUUCCAGUAGGAGCCAAUAUAGGCCUGCGACCGGCCACCAUCUCAGUGUCUACUUGCUCAGAGGAGAGGUAGUGGCGCACGUGAAAAAUGGAAAAGGGGAAUUCAUGGUGUCGGUGAAGCCAAAAGCUUCUUUAUGUGAUGGAAUGUUUCAUAAAAUUUCAGUAAUCAAGAGGAAAAAUGUUGUGCAACUGCACGUGGACACAAUACAUUACAAGAUUGGACCAUCGUCUGCCACUACAACUUUGACCAAAGACUCCUUGUACGUGGGUGGCAUUCCUGUGA